AUGUUCUGUGGAGUUCCUGGUCCAGGAGAUGGCACCACUUGUUGGGGAACCGGUAUAGGUGGCGGUGGUGCAAGUAUUUUCGGGGAACUUGGUUUUGGUGGUGGCACCAGUGCAGGUGGGGGAACUGCUAACAGUGCAGGCGGAGGUUUAGGCGGAGAUCGAUCAGAUCCAGAUUUGGGCGUUCCUGCCACGGGACGGGCCAGUAUGGGAUUUGCGAUGGGUGGUAAUGGUCGAAUGCCCUCGGGCAAGGGGGGUGGCUCUUGCACCGGCGUUGGCGGUGCAGGUAAAGGGGAAGUUGGCCCGGGUGGAGGAGACGGUGUAACGUUCCUCGGCAGAGGUACAGGUCCUGGCAUAGGAUUCGGAAGUAGUGCUUGUGGUGGAAUUAUAGGCGGUGGAGGCUGCCUUGUUCCUGAAACUUGA